AUUGUUAAAACUGACCUUAGGUUAUUGAGCGAUCUAAUUAGGAUUUACCCUCGUAGCAAGGCCUAUUUAUCAUGUGGAUGUUUCAUUCAGGUCUCUUUUUUUAAAAACACAUUGUCUUUGGCAGGAGAAAGACCAGACUCAGAGAAACCAGAGCCAGGGACGUCCAAACCAACAAGAAGACACCAGUGUUCCCACUGUGGAAAGUGUUUUAACCAGUUAAGGGACCUGUACCGACAUGAGAGAAUACACACAGGGGAGAAAUCUUACCACUGCUCCCAGUGUGGCAAGUAUUUUAACCUUUUAGAGAACCUUAAACAACAUGAGAGAAUACACACAGGUGAGAAGCCUUACCACUGCUCCCAGUGUGGAAAGUGUUUCAACCGGUCAGGGCAUCUGAAACAACAUGAGAGAAUACACACAUGGGAGAAGCCUUACCACUGCCCCCAGUGUGGCAAGUGUUUCAACUGGUCAUGGAAUCUGAAAACACAUGAGAGAAUACACACAGGGGAGAAGCCUUACCACUGCUCGUGUUUUUUCAGAUCCCCUGACCGGUUGAAACACUUUCCACACUGGAGCAGUGGUUCCCUAACGGUUAAAACCUUCACUGGGAGCAGUGUCCCACUUGGAACAUUUCACACUGGGAGCAGUGACGACAUGAGAAUACACACAGGGGAGAAGCCUUACCACUGCUCCCAGUGUGGAAGGAGUUUUAAACAGAAAAGCAACCUCAACCAACAUGAGAUAAUACACAACGGGGAGAAGCCUUACCACUCCUCCCAGGUGCAAAGCUUUUGCCCAUUUAGGAAGCCUGAAAGAACACAUGAGACUGCACAUAGAGGAGAAGGCUUACAAAAGCUCAGACUGUGGGAAAACCAUAUGAAAUUGCUUCUUCCAAUUAUUGAUAAACCUUGUGCCGUCCAGGACACGGAAGCUGAUCCAGCAGACCAGCAGGAAGGUCCAACAUGGUGUCUGAACAUGGAAGCCCACGAACCAAAAGCAGCUGCUGUCUCCGAAGGAAGGCCCCAACCCGAGCGCCUGACCCGGACCAACCCACUGGGCGCGCCCCGUCGGGAGGGGCGAGAAGAAAGAGUCCCCCGGGGAAAAGCAGCCCCGGCGGAGGCAGAAGGGACGACCCACACACAGCCAGGACAGAUUGUUAAAACUGUCCUCAGAUUAUUGAGGGAUCUGAUUAGGAUUGCCCUCAUAGCAAGGUUGAUUUAUCAUGUGGAGGUUUCAUUCAGGUCUCUAUUUUUUUUAAACACACUGUCUUUGGCAGGAGAAAGACCAGACUCAGAGGAACCAGAGCCAGGGACGUCCAAACCAGCAAGACGACACCAGUGCUCCCACCGUAGAAAGGGUUGUAACCGGUUAUGGGACCUGAAACAACAUGAGAAAAUACACACAAGGGAGAAGCCUUACCACUGCUCCCAGUGUGGAAAGAGUUUUAAGGUUUUAGGAACCCUUAAAGCUCACGAGAGAAUACACACAGGGGAGAAGCCUUACCACUGCUCCCAGUGUGGAAAGUGUUUCAACCAGUCAGGGGAUCUGAAAGGACAUGAGAGAAUACACACAGGGGAGAAGCCUUACCACUGCUCCCAGUGUGGAAAGUGUUUUCAUUUCGGGGAAGCUAAAAGAAUACACACAGGGGAAAUGCCUUACCACUGCUCCCAGUGUGGAAAGAGUUAUAGCAAUUUAAGGAACUUGAAAGCUCAUGAGAGAAUACACACAGGGGAGAAGCCUUACCACUGCUCCCAGUGUGGAAAGUGUUACAACCGGUCAGGGGAUCUGAAAAAACAUGAGAGAAUACACACAGGGGAGAAGCCUUACCACUGCUCCCAGUGUGGAAAGUGUUUCAGCCGGUCAGGGGGUCUGAAAAAACAUGAGAUAAUACACACAGGGGAGAAGCCUUACCACUGCUUGCAGUGUGGCAAGUGUUUUAACCAGUUAGGGAACCUGAAACAACAUGAGAGAAUACAUACAGUUGAAAAGCCUUACCACUGCUCACAGUGUGGAAAGUGUUUCAACCGGUCAGGGGAUCUGAAAAGACAUGAGAGAAUACACACAGGGGAGAAGCCUUACCACUGCUCCCAAUGUGGAAAGAGUUUUGCCCGGACAGGACACCUAAAAACUCAUGAGAAAAUUCACACAGGGGAGAAGCCUUAACACUGCUCCCUGUAUGGAAGGAGUUGGAAGGAGUUCAAACCAGAAAAGCAACCUCAACCAACAUGAGAUAAUACACAACGGGGAGAAGCACACAAGAUACCACAGGAAAACUUAUUUGAUCAGAGGUUAGUUUGUUUAAUAAGGAUUGCGCCCCGGAGUUUACACUCAGAAAUUUGCAAGCAAGACACUCAGUUCAAAAGAUGGUGUUUUCCCUUUUUAUCCCCUACUGAGGAUCACCCCGCCCAGGGUGAUGUCCCUUAACUUUAAUACCAUAUAAGCUCAUAAUUAAUAGUUGCUAAUACAAAGAUGUCUCUGCUAGGCGGAGUUCAGCUUAUUGCGUUAUUGGCUGUUAGUUUCCCAAUCACUCUUCCCCUUAUUGCUAUCAUGUAAGACUGGAAGUAAGACUG